CAUUCUCAUAAUCUAUACUUUUUGCAGUUUUCUCUCAAGAACUUCAAGUUCUGGGGAAACAUCAUACAACACCCGCCAAUAUGAUCUUUCAACGACAUUUGUCGUCACUAGUUGCGACUUGCCUCUUGCUGCGACCUGUUCUCGGAGCCGGCGUGGCUACUUUCACUCUGGAGGAAGCCUCGUCCGUUACUCUGGUACCUCGAGACCUUCCUACAGAUGUACCGCCUGGAUCCAUCACCUCUAUUCCUGCGAAUGGCAUUGAUAUUUAUCUGUCAGAGACUACUCAGAAAGCUGUUCAAGAUGCAAUCUCUGGAAGUUGUGGUACGACUGGCAGCCUACAAUGUCAAACAGCCAUACAGGCAGCGCUCAAUACACAGAGUCUUCAAGCUGGACAAUUGCAGCCACGUUUUGCUGGCCUGAUUGUUGCUGGGCUAGCUGCUAUCGUUGCAAUCGUCAUAGAGCAUUACCGACUGAGCAACACUGCGGUCCCUUCCGCGAUCCAUCUUUCACCUGCACAGCUCAGUCAGGCUUCGAACAUUGCAAGUGCUACAAGCGUGGUAGCAGUAGGUGGCUCCCAAACGACAACUUUCACCCUCCCACCGUCCCCAACGACGGUCACUGCAGUUCCCACAAUCAGCAUCAAUCCUAGCAGUGGAGAUCUACACAUCAGUCUUACUGAUAGUCAAGCUCAAUCGUUCAUGACGAUCAUGGGCCUCCCGGGGACUUGCUCGAGCAGCCAAUCGCCAGUGGGUAUUGGCAGUACAAAGCGAGCCAUCACAACCACAUCAACCUGCCUCAGUCUCCACGCAAACGCGCUGAUGUACAACUCUUUCUCCGGCCUUGCUUCGGCUAUUAGCUUGAUGUUCCGGUCAGCGAGUCCUCCGAAUCCGUUUCCAGGCUUCAGAAACGCCGCUGUUCAAGCAGAACAGACGGAAUUUCUAGCCCAAUGGGCGCUUGCUGCACCUGCAUUUGGGGUCACUGUGGACCUUAUGACAGCCAUCGCAGGUGUCGCGUUCGCCCUCUCAUAUAUCUGGUGGGUUUACUUCCUCAUCCCUGUCCAGUGACUAACGCAGCGGUCUAGGACGUCUCUGAGCGUCGCU